GGGAAAAAAGACCUCCCAGGCAAGAUCCAGUGUCCUGUGAAUCUUGCCGGCGGAAGAAGCUCAAAUGCAAUCGUCAGAGACCCUGCAGCAGCUGUGUUUCUCGAAGAAAAUGCAAUCCUCACUGACACAGUUCCAUCAAGUCAAGGCCCCAGAAGCCAGCCCAGGGAGACCGGCGCCGUGACUGCUCGUUCGAUCACGAUUCCUCGAUCAACGCGAACGAGUAAUGAAUCACUCAAAACAGCGGACUGGCUAGAAAAUAUCGUCAUGGCAGAUCGCCUUUCCACCGCGGUCUCGAGACAUCUACCAGAGGAAGUGAGCCUGUCUGAAGCCGCUCAUGACCCAUCCAGGGACAAUGGAGAUUCGCGCCUCGGUGAAGUGAUCUCGGAUUUCUUUCGGCAUCGAUUGGCUUCAAGUGAAAAUCCGAUGACAGUCGAUCUUGUGUCUUAUCUUCCAGAGAAGUCGAAAACAAUGGCAUUGUUCAGAUACUAUUGUGAUUACAUCGACUAUCUGUAUCAUGUCAUCAUUCCGUCGCGUGUCGAGGAUCAGAUCAAUCGCAUUUACCACUGCAGCGACAAAGGCCUGCCAGUCAAUUUAGCCCAGUUAGCGCUCCUUUUCAGCAUCUUGGCCAGCUCUGUUUGUUUCCAGUGUUCCAGUGGUCCGUCCACCUUCGCAGAGAGAUGUAGCCGCGAGUUCACCUUCUUGGCUGGUGCUGCAUUGAUAAGAAGCAAUUACAUUGCACGUCCUACCCUUGAGGGACUACAGGCAUCGCUCAUUGUCAUCCACUAUCUGCCUAAUCCCAGUCUCCAUCCGUCGAUAUGUUCCCUGUUUUUACCUGGGACGAUCAUCAAUCAGGCAAAAAAUCUCAUGCUGCACUGUAUUGACUCGCCCCGCUGCCAAGAAGAGAGGGAAGCGAAUGGAUUCGACGCACUUGAGCUGGAAUUGAAGAGACGACUUUGGUGGGACAUUGCAAGUUUUGACUGGCUGUUAGGUUUCUUGAGCGGUCCCCAGGAGUGGACAUAUUUGAUUAACCCCCGGCUCAUGAAUGUCCGGGAACCUUUGAAUAUUGAUGAUGAAGGCAUCCAGGGCACAGCAGUUGCCACACCCUCCCCAAUGUCAGAGCCAACCCAGAUGUCCUUCACUCUUCAGCGACUCAACCUGGCAGUCGUAUGUCGCGAAAUAGUGGACAUGACUGCCUACGAACACAUGCAUGGAGUUGACGUAGGCUACGACAAAAUCCUCGAGUUGGACCGCAAGCUCCAUCAAGCGUAUAACGAUCUUCCGGAAUUCUAUCGGCUCGAUACUAUUUCCAGGCGUCGCUUCGCACCUCUCUAUCGGAGCCAGCCGAAGAUCGCAUGGCAGAGGUGUCUUUUGCAGCAAGCUUAUCAUUCGCGUUUCUGUCGGCUCCACCGUCUGUACUUUAUCCGGGGAGCACGAGAGCCCGCGUAUUCGUAUUCCCAUGUGAUUUGCCUUCAGUCUGCGCGUAAAGUGCUGGAGAUCAAGAGGAUCAUGGACGAGGACGAACCAAGGUUCAUGCCGCCAACUUCUACUGUCUGGUCUGUGAUGCAUCACGUUUUCAUGGCUGCGGUGAUUCUUCUGAUGGACGUCUGCUUCAAUUGGGAUGAUCUUCUGGCUGAUAAGAGAAAACAAGAGGUGCUUGAUGCGUGUCGGAUGCUUAGCAAGGCUCAACAAUCAUCGUCCUUGGUUAGCCAGGGUAUCCAGGCCAUGAUGGACGUGCUGCAGAAACACUGGAAAAGUGGCAAGCACUCCUCCACCGAUGGACAGCCUUCGAAUCUACCAUCGUCUCCUGCCUUGGGUGCUACCGCUGUUGCCGAACCAGCGCAAAUCGCUCCUGGAUUUUCUCCGCCUUAUCAAGACUCGGCAAACACGAUUGAUAAUAAAGAUGCGUCCGUAGAUCCCUCUUUUCUCAUUGAUCAUAAUGAUAGUCAAGAGAGGCCCCUCGAAGAUAUAUGGACGGAGAUGCUUGACAGUGGCGGGGACUUGAAUUUUGCAACACCAGACUGGACGGACUUGUUGACCGAAUUGACAAAUGCCACGCUGCCGUGUAGUUGA